AUGCCUUCAGCAAACCCUUCUAACGACCAUGUCGCCAAUUUCACGGCGAAAAAUGGCGCUGCUACCGUCGCGCCGCCCAGCGCUUCCGAAAGCACCGUCCUCGGCCAGGAGUUUACUGCCAGCGUCAUCAAGAGCAUGGGCGAUAAAACGUCACCACGCAUGCGCAAGGUGAUGUCCUCCUUCAUCCAACACAUCCACGACUUUGCCCGCGAAGUUAACCUGACCGUCGACGAGUGGAUGCUCGGCGUCGAGAUGAUCAAUGCCGGCGGCAAGAUGUCCAACGAGACACGCAAUGAGGGCCAGCUCAUGUGCGACGUCAUUGGACUCGAGAGCCUCGUCGACUCCAUCACGUACGCCGAGGCCGUCAAGGCCAACAAGCCACUCACGGCCUCUGCCAUCCUGGGCCCUUUCUGGCGCAGCGACACGCCGACCCGCCCCAACGGGUCCACCAUGACAUUUGAUACCCCCGAGGACGGCGUCGUUGCCUUUAUGCACGGCCAGGUCACCAGCGCCGACACAGGCCUGCCUCUUGCGGGCGCUGUCGUCGACGCAUGGGAGUGCUCCACCAACGGCCUGUACGAGCAGCAGGACCCCAAACAGCAGGAGUACAACCUGCGCGGUAAAUUUGUGACGGAUGACAACGGCCGUUACAGCUUCUACUGUCUGCGGCCGACGCCAUAUCCUGUGCCUGGCGACGGCCCGGCCGGCAAGCUACUGGAUUUGAUGGACCGCCACCACUGGCGACCCGCGCAUAUCCACUUGAUUGUUGAGGCUCCCGGCCACAAGGCGCUUACGACACAGAUCUUCGAUUCCGACUCCAAGUACCUGGAGGACGACUCUGUUUUCGCAGUCAAGGAGAACCUGAAGGUGGACUUUGCGCCGCGCGCCAACGACCCGCAGGCCGAGUUCGAGCUCGAGUACAACGUUAGCCUGGCUCUUGACCCCAAGGCUUAG